AUGGAGGCUUUGCUGGAAGGAGUGCAAAGAAAUGGGCAGGGGAGCGGUGGGUUUGUGACUUCCUGUGAUGCUGAGCUGCGGGAGUUGAUGAAGCAGAUCGACAUCAUGGUGGCUCAGAAGAAAUCUGAAUGGGAAGGACAGACACAGGCUUUGGAAGCUUGCCUGAGUGUUCGAGAGCAGGAGCUUUCCUCUACCAGGGCAGCUCUGCAGGAGAAAAGUAAAGAGGUUGACAUGUUGCGUCUCCAGGUAGAAGACAUGGAAAAAGACAAACAGGACAUGGUUAGGGAAUAUGAACAACAGCUGAAGAAAUUUCAAGAGGAGUUGUCCAGGCUGAAGAGGGGCUAUGAGAAGCUGCAGAAGAAACGGUUAAGAGAAGCCAGAGGAGAAGGUAACAAGACACAAGGGGAGGACCCGUUUGAAACCAGCCGGCUGACCAGGAAGCUGGAGGAGUUCCGUCAGAAAUCACUUGACUGGGAGAAGCAGCGUUUGCUUUACCAGCAGCAGGUGGCAUCACUGGAAGCGCAGAGGAAGGCUUUGGCUGAGCAGUCUGAGCUCAUGCAGACUCAGCUUGCCAAUCGGAAGCAGAUUCUGGAGUUGGUGGAGCUGGCUAGCCAGUUGGAAACCCAGCAUUUAACCAGCAAGCUGGAGAGGGCCAAUGACGCUAUCUGUGCCAAAGAGUUGGAGGUGGAGAGGCUUAACAUGAGAGUGGAUGAGCUGACUGAAAACAAUCGGACGAUUCUGGAAGAUCAGCAAACAGUUCAAGAAGAGUUAAGGCAGUCCAAGAAAAUGUUAGAGGUGCUCCAGGAUGAGAAGAUGGAACUCAGAGCCACCUUGCAGUCUCAGGAAGACUUCAUUGACAGCUCCAAGCUGCACCAGGAACAGUUACAGAAAGAGCUGGCCAGGGCAACUGAAACUCUUCGCACAAAAGAACUCAUCAGGACUCUGGAGGAACGCUUGCAGGAGAAGCAACUGUCUUCUCCAGGGCUGGAGCUGGAGCAUGUACUACUGCAGCUGGAUGUUGCCUGGAAGAAGGAACAGCACUUACAGUCAGAGGUGACUCAUCUCAAGAACAGCCUGGUGUCUUCAAGGGCAAGGUGUGUACAGCUGAGUGAAGAGCUGGAUGAGAAUAUCAAAGAGAUGCAGUCAAUGGAGGAACACCAUACUGAGUCAAAAGCAGAGAUUAAAAAGCUGAAGGAGCAGCUCUCUCAAGCUGAACAAGCUCACAGCAGUGAGCUGGAAGGGAUGAAAAGGGAAAUCUCCAGGCUGACACAAGAGUUACACCAACGGGACAUCACCAUUGCAUCUGCCAGUGGCUCCACAUCAGACCUAGAACAACGGCUGAGAACGGAGAUUGAAAGAGCAGAGAGGAAAGCGGUGGAGCACAGGGUAAUUCUGGUCCAGCUUAAAACCUUGAGGCUGGAAAACCAUAAUCUCUCAGAGAUGCUGGAUAAAACAGUGUCAUCUCUCAGAGAUGGAAAAGAUGUCACCCUAAGAGCACUCAGUGAAGACUAUGCUGUAGAACUAAAUAAGUUAAAGUCUGAGAACCAGCAGUUGCAGAAGGAUCUAGCAGAGGCCAGAGCAAAACUGGAGCUCCCUCGGCAGGUCUGCCAGGAUGAAGCCAAAGGCCCAGCUCAGCAGAUGCCAGAUGAAGAGCCUGAGCCCAGGGAUGUGCGGUACAGGAUGACUCAUGAAGCACACCAGAAACACGAUGAACAAGCAGAGAGGAUCCAUCCCAAGCCUGACAGGACUGUUCAGCAUCAUCAAGGGGAGCCCCAGAGAUGGGAGGCUGCUGACGCAGGAACUGUGCCCCCUGAGAUGGGUGAGCUGCCCACCCAGACCAGCAGGAAGAACUGCAUGGAGUCGCUUGCUUUGGGUGACUUGCUGGGAACAGAUUCUUUGCUCCAUGUGCUGGAUGGAAACAAAGAUUUUGCAGAUGAAGCACCUGAGCAGUCCAUCUCAAAUCAUCAGAGAGAAUCUGUGCCUUUGUGUCCCCUGCCUACAGCUUCAGUUGAAUCGAUAGCUGCAAGAUACCUGGAAGAGGAAGAAAAGAGAUCCCAGCACAUCCUGGAGUGCCUAAAUGCUCACAUCGAGGAACUGAAAAAAGAGAGUGAAAAGAUAGUGAGGCAGUUUGGACACCAGGAGUAA